AUGGCCCGCCGUCCCGCCCGCUGCUACCGCUACUGCAAGAACAAGCCCUACCCCAAGUCCCGGUUCAACCGUGGUGUCCCCGACGCCAAGAUCCGCAUCUUCGACCUCGGUCGCAAGAAGGCCAACGUUGACGACUUCCCCACCUGUGUCCACCUCGUCUCCAACGAGUAUGAGCAGCUGUCCUCCGAGGCCCUCGAGGCUGCCCGUAUUUGUGCCAACAAGUACCUCGUGAAGAUCGCCGGUAAGGAAGGUUUCCACCUGCGCGUCCGUGUGCACCCCUUCCACGUCGUCCGUAUCAACAAGAUGUUGUCGUGCGCUGGUGCCGAUCGUCUUCAGACCGGUAUGCGUGGUGCCUUCGGUAAGCCCCAGGGUCUCGUUGCCCGUGUGAACAUCGGCCAGGUUCUCCUGUCCGUCCGCACUCGUGACGUCCACCGCGCUACCGCCAUCGAGGCUCUCCGCCGCUCCAUGUACAAGUUCCCCGGCCGCCAAAAGAUCAUUGUCUCCAAGAACUGGGGUUUCACCCCCGUACGCCGCGAGGAGUACGUCCAGAUGCGCCAGGAGGGCAAGCUCAAGCAGGACGGUGCCUACGUCCAGUUCCUGCGUGGCCACGGUCUCAUCGCCGAGAACAUGAAGCGCUUCCCCGACGCCUACGAGAACGCUUCUCAGGCUUAG